AUGGCGGACGACAGCGCGCGUGUGACGUACGAGCUGCUGCGAACCCAUAGCGACCUGGAGAAUGCAGAGACCCACAAGGAGAUGCUGAGGGCGCUGAGCUCCGUGACUGGCGACCACCAGAGCGCCGAGGUCCUGCAGCGUCUCCACGCCACAGAGUUUGCGCUGCUGCGGGCGCAGGAGAACCGAGAGAAGAAGACGCAGAUAUCCAAGAAGAGGGGCCAGCUGCGGGACAAGUGGAGGCAGAAGGCGGCGCAGGAAGGAGCAACGCUCGAGGACGUGCAGCGACGCUUCCCCAAGCUCUUUGAAGGCCCCAGCCCACCUGCUAGAAACGACUUCAACUUCACCGACGACGUGUGGAGUGGCCCGCCCCAGGCUGCUGGGUUCUCGUUGCCGAAGCAGCCGCCACAGCAGCAGUCAGUGCAACAGCCCAAGCCUGCCCUGAGUGACCUGCUCAGCAAGAGAUCCCGACUGCCACACGAGGAUCCAGAGCUUUUUGGCGCGGAUACUCGCCCCAACCCGGUGCAGCAACGAAAUCCGUUCCAGACGGCAACGGAACGUCUUCAGCAUGACCGCAUGACCGGACGAGCUAGAAACCUUGACGACGACGAACCGCGCAAUCGAAAUGGACGAGAACGGAAUCCCCGGGGUCCUCCUCGCGGAGUUUAUCACCCCGUCAACCAAGAUCUCUUGCUUGGUGGUGGUGGGAACAGCGACAACGAAGGCUACAUUUCGGGGCCGUCUGCCGUGAGCAAGAAGUUUGUGUCGCCUAUGAAUGACGGAGGCGUAAACAAACGUAACAAGCAGAAAGCUCCUCCGCCUGCAGAGGAUGAAAACAUCGACCCACGCCUCAAGAGCUGUGAUCCAGAAUUGAUUGAGAAGAUUGAGAUGGAGAUCGUCGACAACGGAGAUCCCAUUACGUUUGAUGAUAUCGCUGGACUGCAAUUUGCCAAGAAGUGUGUGAACGAGCUGGUCAUUUGGCCGAUGGCACGCCCCGAUAUUUUCACGGGUCUUCGGUCCCUCCCGAAAGGCUUGCUGCUGUUUGGACCCCCUGGUACAGGUAAGACCCUGAUUGGCAAGGCGAUUGCAAGCCAGUCGGGGGCGACAUUCUUCAAUAUCUCAGCUAGCUCGCUCACGAGCAAAUGGAUUGGACAAGGCGAGAAACUGGUUCGCACGUUAUUUGCUGUCGCAGCGGUCAAGCAGCCCUCCGUCAUAUUUAUUGACGAAAUCGACUCGCUACUAACUCAACGAAGCUCGGAAGAGAAUGAAGCGAGCCGAAGGAUGAAGACGGAGUUUCUUGUGCAGCUUGAUGGUGCUGGCACGAAAGCAAAGGACAUCAUCCUGGUCGUGGGCGCGACAAAUCGACCUCAAGAGCUGGACGAAGCAGCCCGCCGACGAUUCGUCAAGCGCCUGUACAUUCCGCUCCCUUCCUUCGAAGCCAGACUCGAUCUGGUCAGCCGUUUGCUCAAGAAUAACAAGAACGACCUGGCUGAAGACGACAAAACAUUUAUUGCGGAGUCUACCAAAGGCUACUCGGGCGCAGAUGUGCGUGCACUUUGCACCGAAGCUGCGAUGGGUCCUAUUCGGACCUGCGCGGAUAUCCGCACGAUGGACGCCGACUCCGUUCGUCCUAUCAACCUGGACGACUUCAAGGAAGCUUUGCGUGGGGUCCGAUCCAGUGUCGCGACGAAAGACCUCGCGUUCUACAAGGAAUGGAACGCGGAAUUCGGGAGCUUUGCCUUUGAGAGCCACGAAGCAAGCUAA